UCCUCCUCCUCUUCCACCUUCUCAGCAGCAGCAGCAGCAGCCGCCGCCGCCGCCGCCUCCCGCUCCCGCCCGCGCGCGGCGGGAUGGACGAUCAAUCCAGGAUGUUGCAGACUCUGGCCGGGGUGAACCUGGCCGGCCACUCGGUGCAGGGGGGCAUGGCCUUGCCGCCUCCCCCCCAUGGCCACGAAGGGGCGGACGGCGAUGGCAGGAAGCAGGACAUCGGCGACAUCCUCCACCAGAUCAUGACUAUCACCGACCAGAGCCUGGACGAGGCACAAGCAAAAAAACAUGCACUGAAUUGUCAUAGAAUGAAACCUGCUCUCUUCAGUGUCCUAUGUGAAAUAAAAGAGAAAACAGGUCUCAGCAUCAGAGGAGCCCAGGAGGAGGACCCCCCAGAUCCCCAGCUAAUGAGACUGGACAAUAUGCUACUGGCAGAAGGGGUUUCAGGUCCUGAGAAAGGUGGGGGAUCGGCAGCAGCAGCUGCAGCCGCGGCCGCCUCUGGAGGUUCUUCAGAUAACUCUAUUGAACACUCAGAUUACAGAGCCAAAUUGACCCAGAUCAGACAAAUCUAUCACACAGAACUGGAGAAAUAUGAACAGGCAUGUAAUGAAUUCACUACACAUGUGAUGAACCUUCUCCGAGAGCAGAGUCGAACACGUCCCAUUUCUCCAAAAGAAAUUGAGAGGAUGGUGGGCAUAAUCCAUCGGAAAUUCAGUUCAAUUCAGAUGCAGCUCAAACAAAGUACUUGUGAAGCAGUCAUGAUUUUAAGAUCAAGAUUCCUCGAUGCCAGACGAAAAAGACGUAAUUUCAGCAAACAGGCAACAGAAAUCUUGAAUGAAUAUUUUUAUUCACACCUCAGCAAUCCCUACCCCAGUGAAGAAGCCAAAGAAGAGCUGGCAAAGAAAUGCAGCAUUACAGUGUCACAGGUAUCCAACUGGUUUGGCAACAAGAGAAUCAGGUACAAGAAGAAUAUAGGGAAGUUUCAGGAAGAAGCCAAUCUCUAUGCUGCAAAAACAGCGGUGACAGCUGCACAUGCUGUAGCUGCAGCAGUCCAGAAUAAUCAGACAAAUUCACCCACCACACCAAAUUCUGGUUCUUCUGGUUCUUUUAACCUCCCAAAUUCUGGGGACAUGUUCAUGAACAUGCAGAGUCUGAAUGGGGAUUCUUACCAAGGGUCCCAAGUCGGAGCCAAUGUGCAAUCACAGGUGGAUACCCUCCGUCAUGUUAUCAAUCAGACGGGAGGCUACAGUGAUGGCCUGGGAGGAAAUUCACUGUAUAGUCCACAUAAUUUAAAUGCUAAUGGAGGCUGGCAAGACGCAACAACUCCAUCUUCUGUGACUUCCCCUACUGAAGGCCCAGGAAGUGUGCACUCUGAUACCUCUAACUAAUCUCCUAGCAACACUUUUUCCCUGAGCUGAUCUGCUUUGAUAAGUGCAUUCAGAGCAAUAGGAGGAAAAGAAAUGAGUUGUUUUUUUGUUUUUAUUUUUGGUAGCCCACCAUCUACAGCUUUACUGUAAAACCUUGUCUUAUUAGAGAACUUGGGAAACAUGUUUUUUAAGGAUUCAUAAUCAUUUGUAUUUAUACUUAAAAAUACACAAUAUUAAAAAGCACUUUAUCCAAUUAG